GCAGAAAUAGGACUUUUUUUUAUUAAUAAUUUGCAUUGCUGGCAAGUCACGUACUUCAAUUGAAAAAUUAAGUUACAUCCGGUCACUGUGUAUUUAUCUCACAAGGAAAUGUUUGAAAAUCACGUAAUUGAUUAGCUAAAUUGUCAGAUACGUCCAAAACAUUGUGUCGUUUCAUUUUUUAGUUUCUACUGUACCUUAAUAUAACAGCUAUGUUGUUGUCAAUACCAAUAAUUGUUUGAAUACUAAGUGUACAACAAAGUUUGUAUUUUUUUGUAAAGUUUGAAGCUGUUGAAUGAUGAUACUAAGAAUAAUUGUAAUUACGACGUUUGUUAUAAAGGUACAAUGUGGAACGUACGGUUUUAACUCGAUUGGCUCGGUUAAAUCUCCACAUUUAAUUCAUCAAACGCAUCACGACGCAUCAUCUGCAACAAUCAAUUAUGAUUCUAAAAUUCCUAGUAGUAGUAACCAAAACGUUGAAUACAUCUGUGAACAUUCUCCAAUUAUUUUGUCAGAAAGAGCUCCAGUUACAAUAAAUUAUAAAUCUAAACCUAAAGGUGUACAUCCAGGCCAUGCUUAUAUAUCUAGACAUUCGAGUCCUAUUAUCCUCACGUCUACAGGGAUAGUUACUGUGAAUUUUGAUUACAAAGAUGCAGAUCCAACGGCCUCCGUGGCAGAUCAGACCGAUAGAAAACCCGUGUGCAUACUGGCUAAGGUCAUGGUGGAAAUGCCGAGUGGCAUUAUUAUGUCAUACUUAAAAUUUAAAACGAUUAGCUGUUAUUUACCGGAAGAUCUAAAAUCUGAUGUCGCCGUUUUAGUUGACAACAAAAAAAUGCCUUAUAAGGAGUUUGAACAAACACUACGAGUUCACGGCUGUAAUGAUAUGGAAGAUUCCGAAACGUGCAGUUGUCUAAACGAUGACUACAUCACACUUAGCGAUGGAACCGAAGUCAAUUUGGACGUCUAUCGACAAAUAUUAACUAGCAUCACUAAUGGUUCUGAAACGUUAAUGAUACCCAAUGUUUUCAACGGACCGUACUCCACUUACGCCCCGUUAUUGGAAAAGAAGUUACUCGAACUGGCUGAAUCUGCAAUUGUAAUAACUUCUUCAGGAUACAGGGUGCCGUUUAGUUUGUAUUAUGCCGUCGACCAAGAAAACUUCCAGAGAUCGUCAAAUGAUCAAGAAAUCAAACAAGUCACUUGGCAUGAUGGUAAAACUAUACGUGUCCAAACUAUUCGGGAUAUUGUCAAUUCUCUAAAAAAUCCCGAAAGCAUAUAUUUUGUGUUUCCAAAUAGAAAACGACUACCUUUUAUUCCAAGAGGAAAAGAAGAGAACAUGGAUUUUCUUAACGUCGAUCCAAAUAAAAUACACGUGGAUAUAGGUCGUCAAAGAUAUGUACCCUUGUCGGUUUUUAACGACAUUGUAGCCGCCGUUCAUAUUUCGGAUGGAAAUAACAAAGGUAUGUACGACACCGUUAUAACUAAUUUUACAAGUUCUUCAGAAAAUAGAACCCCGUCAAUAAGCGAAUAUAGGAUCGAAAAUGAAAUUGGUCAUUCAUUAACUAAACAAAAAAAUAUUCCAAAGGAGUUAAUAGAUACGAUUACAGAAAAACAAUUAUCAAACAGUACUGAUGUCGACCAAACCGUUCAGUUACAAUUUGAGACCAGUCCGAUAGUAAUAUAUAUUAAAAACUAUGCUACUAGAUGACUAUUAUAGAUGACUAGGACUAUUAGAUAACGACCGUUUUGUAUUAAAAGCGGAAACACAACCGAACGAUGAUAAACCAUAUCAAGCUUUAAUCAAAAUAAAAGAGUACAUUGACAAAUCAAUUCAGCGUCUUAACUCAAUUAUAAGUCUAGGACCACAAAAUACCAAAAACUAUAGUACAAAAAAUAAAACUAGUCAUGAUUCAUUAAUUCAGAAAUUUAUGAAGCUAAAUAUAAACAAUAGAAUUAAAAUGCCUGAUAUUGUUCCAGAAUCCAAUGUUACUUUGAAUAUUAAGUCAAACCUAACUGGUGACAAAAUAUUUAAGUUGGUUGAAAAUCCAUUUGAGAAGAAUAAUAUAACUAAAGUUUUAUUGAAUUUAAAAUAUUUCGUUGAAAAUGUAUUGAUAGAUUGAUUGUAUAUACCAACAUCGUUUAAAAACCGUUUUCAAAUUGAAAAAACACCACCAAAAAAAAAUGUACAAAAUAAGUUCAACAAUAAAUCCUUAACACAAGAAAUGACAAACCAAAAAAUAAAUAAUAAAACAAGUGUACUCGAGUCACCGAUAACAAACGAUAUUAUGAAUCAAACCAAGUCUAACCUGACUACUAAUGGGUACUUUACGUUAACUAAAAAUCCUAUUGACACGAAUAAAACGUAUCUAGCAUUAUUGAGUAUCAAAGAAUACGUUGACAAUGUUGUCAAAAACUUACUCACCCCAAAUCCUAUUGAAAGUCUGCCAUUGAAUGAUAAUGCGAAAGACAAAAUAAAAAAUACGCUAGACAACAAAUCUAUAUUAGAUGAUGGAUUGAUUAAUCGAAAAAUUAAUAAAACGAAUAUAGCUAAUACUACGAAAUUGAAUGGUGUCGUGAAUAAGUUAAACACUACUACCGAUGGACACUUCAAGUCGAUUGAAAAUGAAAAUAACAGGAAUAAGACUUAUCAAGCCUUAUUAAAUUUAAUAGAAUACCUUGAAAAUGUAUUAGAACAGUUUAAUGCAAACAAUUUAGCAAGUAAAAAUCGGAGUUUAGAUCAUAGUACUCUGCAUGAAAAAGGAAAUUUAAAUAAAAGUGAAAAACCAUAUAUUGCAAAAGAUGGCUCAAAUGAAAAUAAUAAGGCAAAAAAUUCCAGUUUUGGUAGUUUUAAGGAUGAAGACAUAAAAAAACUACCACAUAGAUAUAAUUUAGAUGAUAAAUUAACGACCACAGAAGAUAAUAAGAGAAAUAAUAAUAUUAAUCGUGAAUCUAAAGUUUUGAGAUUAAAAAACUCGAACAAAAAAAAAAUAGAACAAUUAUUUUUACCAAAUAUACUGCGGCAAAUAACAAAAAGACAAAGUCAAAUAGUGACGGCUAUUUAAAAAGAAUUCUAAACUCACUUAGACUAAAUCAAACUAUAUCAAAAUUAACAAAUAGUAACUACACAAAUGACUUGAAUAAAUUACUUAACGAGGUAAUCCCUGUCGAUGAUUUUUUAUAAAAUGGAAAAUAAAGCAAAUUAAGAGUCAAUUAUACCAACAUAAAAGAUGCAACUAGUAAAAAAUCAGACCAUCGCGGAGGUCUUUAGAUUAUUUGGUUAAUAUUAUAGUAUUAUAUCAAACCUUUUAGGCAAUUACACACGCUGAAAGAAAUUUAUUCAACUCUUAGAAUCAU